AUGAGGGCAUGCGUCAAGGAGACCGGCGCGUGCAAGCUUCUCUCAACCUGCACCACCGCCGACGAACCCAAGGAGAUGAUUGCGCGAGGCAAGUACCUCCUCUCAGAGCUGGGACCUUUGUCCGAGAACUGCGCGUACCUGGUGGAUGGAUACCGCCGCAACUUCCCAGCACGGCACCACCGUUUCGGGCAUGGAUUCGUGAUGACCAGCCAUGCCAGCGAGACCAGCCCCCAGACCCAACAUGGUUUUGCAGCCUUCGUGCAGACCAAGAUCACACCGGGCAUCCGCACUGGUCUGAACCGCACCAAGAUGGAGGGCGUUGGCGCCGACAACAAGGCCUUGACUGUUUUCUCCAUGAUCGAGAACCUCUGUGUGAAGAGCUGA